AUGACGUACCAGAACAACAGUGAUACAGUAGAAGCAACAUUAACCCGGGAGCUUCAGUACCCUCCAGUUGUUACCAUCACCAGCCUGAAUGUCCCCCCCCCGCUUCCCUGCAUCUGUUUCUCUAUUUCCCAAUUACCAGAGGAGCUUUAUCCCGCUCCCAUCAUCCCUCUCCAAAACGGUCCCGGCUCGGCCCUUGUCUUCUCGCAUCCUCCUCAUGACUCCCUGAUUGAGACAGGAAUCAGACCCAACAACGCAACCAAGAGAGCCAACUGCGCCCUAGGCUGCCCAAGACCAAAGUGGUCGACCCAUGCUCACCCACCCAUGACUCCGCAAAACUCCUCCAUCCCGACGCCCAACGCCAGCCCCGCAUCCCCCUCCCCUCCUUUGCAUCCCCUCCGGUCUCUCCAUACAGACUCCGGGGUGAUUCCACGAAACUUGUCCAUCCCGACGCCCAACGCCAGCAAAGCAGGCCCCAGCCCUCCGGUCUCUCCACACAGACUCUGGUGUGACUCCAUGAAACUCCCCCAUCCCGAGCUCAACGCCAGCCUCGCAGCCCCCUCUCCUCCUUCACAUCCCCUCGAGUCUCUCCACGCAGACUCCGGCCCCGCAGCCCCCUCUCCUCCUUUGCAUCCCCUCCAGUCUCUCCAUGCAGAUUCCGGUGUGACUCCUCGAUACUCAUCCAUCCCGAAGCCCAACGCCAUCCCCGCAGGCCCCUCUCCUCCUUCGCAUCCCCUCCGGUCUCUCCACGCAGACUCCGGUGUGACUCCACGAAACUCGUCCAUACCGACGCCCAACGUCAGCCCCGCAGCCCCCUCUCCUCCUUUGCAUCCCCUCCAGUCUCUCCACGCAGAUUCCGGUGUGACUCCACGAAACUCGUCCAUCCCGACGCCCAACGCCAUCCCCGCAGCCUUCUCUCCUCCUUCGUAUCCCCUCCGGUCUCUCCAUGCAGACUCCGCCCCGCAGCCACCUCCCCUCCGGUCUCUCCACGCAGACUCUGGUGUGACUCCACGAUACUCGUCCAUCCCGACGCCCAACGCUAGCAACGCAUCCCCCUCUCCUCCUUCGCAUCCCCUCCGGUCUCUCCACGCAGACUCCGGUGUGACUCCACGAAACUUGUCCAUCCCGACGCCCAACGCCAGCAAAGCAUUCCCCAGCCCUCCGGUCUCUCCACACAGACUCUGGUGUGACUCCAUGAAACUCCCCCAUCCCGAGCUCAACGCCAGCCUCGCAGCCCUCCUCUCCUCCUUCGCAUCCCCUCGAAUCUCUCCACGCAGACUCCGGCUCCCUCCCCUCCGGUCUCUCCACACAGACUCCGGUGUGACUCCACGAAACUCGUCCAUCCCGACGCCCAACGCUAGCAACGCAUCCCCCUCCCCUUCGGUCUCUCCGUGCAGACUACGGUGUGACUCCAUGAAACUCUUCCAUUCCGACACCCAACGUCAGCCCCGCAGCCCCCUCUCCUCCUUUGCAUCCCCUCCAGUCUCUCCACGCAGACUCCGGUGUGACUCCACGAAACUCGUCCAUCCCGACGCCCAACGCCAUCCCCGCAGCCCCCUGUCCUCCUUCGUAUCCCCUCCGGUCUCUCCACGCAGACUCCGGUGUGACGCCAUGAAACUCGUCCAUCCCGACGCCCAACGCCAGGCCCCUCCCCUCCGAUCUCUCCAUGCAGACUCCGCCCCGCAGCCACCUCCCCUCCGGUCUCUCCACGCAGACUCUGGUGUGACUCCACGAUACUCGUCCAUCCCGAAGCCCAACGCCAUCCCCGCAGGCCCCUCUCCUCCUUCGCAUCCCCUCCGGUCUCUCCACGCAGACUCCGGUGUGACUCCACGAAACUCGUCCAUCCCGACGCCCAACGUCAGCCCCGCAGCCCCCUCUCCUCCUUUGCAUCCCCUCCAGUCUCUCCACGCAGAUUCCGGUGUGACUCCACGAAACUCGUCCAUCCCGACGCCCAACGCCAUCCCCGCAGCCUUCUCUCCUCCUUCGUAUCCCCUCCGGUCUCUCCACGCAGACUCCGCCCCGCAGCCACCUUCCCUCCGGUCUCUCCACGCAGACUCUGGUGUGACUCCACGAUACUCGUCCAUCCCGACGCCCAACGCCAGCCCCGCAGGCCCCUCUCCUCCUUCGCAUCCCCUCCGGUCUCUCCACGCAGACUCCGGUGUGACUCCACGAAACUCGUCCAUCCCGACGCCCAACGUCAGCCCCGCAGCCCCCUCUCCUCCUUUGCAUCCCCUCCAGUCUCUCCACGCAGAUUCCGGUGUGACUCCACGAAACUCGUGCAUCCCGACGCCCAACGCCAUCCCCGCAGCCCUCUCUCCUCCUUCGUAUCCCCUCCGGUCUCUCCACGCAGACUCCGCCCCGCAGCCACCUCCCCUCCGGUCUCUCCACGCAGACUCUGGUCUGACUCCACGAUACUCGUCCAUCCCGACGCCCAACGCCAGCCUCGCAGGCCCCUCUCCUCCUUCGCAUCCCCUCCGGUCUCUCCACGCAGACUCCGGUGUGAUGCCACGAAACUCGUCCAUCCUGACGCCCAACGCCAGCUCCGCAGCCCCCUCCCCUCCGGUCUCUCCACGCAGACUCUGUCUCUCCACGCCCCGUUGCGGUGUUGAGCUUAAUGAGCCCGCCUGGGUGAAGAGGUGGAAGCCUUUCAGCCCAGAGGACGCUGUCACAGAGUGA